CUUGAUCUUGCGCGUAACCGUCUCCAGUCCUUACCUUACACUCCUUUGCUUCCACACACGUUCUCUCCUGCCUGCGCAUGUAACUGGCUGGCCCGGACUCACCUCAGUCUCUCACUCGCCCGUGCUGCCCCAGAGUCUGUCCGCUCGUUCCUUAGACACCAGUCACACAACAACUCCGCACCUGAACCAAGAUGUGCAGCGGAGGUACAUGGAAGCGUGAGGUCGUCCCAGACCACAAGUUUGACUUCAUUGACACUCGUGACUUCACCGACAAUAGUUUUGGCAUGCGUAUGAAGUACCUAUGGCUGUACAUCAUCAUACUGAAAGGGUUCAUGGUGUACAUCUCCGAUAUCUUUACAGCCAUCACCAUGUUAAGUACAACGUCCUGGUCCAAUGCUAUCUUCAACAGUUGUCCCGAGCACUCCGACAAUGGAUGCGUCGCCAUCCCAUUCAGUAUCGGCAAAUGGCUCUUCUUUGGAUGUAUCUGCUUUUCCUUUCUCCUGCUCGCCUACGAGGCCUACAAGGCAAAGAGGAUCAUCGCCAGCCGGGACAUCUCAUACGCCUUCACUAACGUUAUGGCUAAUAACUACUAUUCUCUGAGGUCGUACGAUCAUUUUUGUUUCUUUAGCCACAUAUCCAACUCCACCAGGCGGAUGGAUGACUUUGCCUUCUUUGUGUUCUUCACGUUCAAGAGCUGGAAGAGGCUACUGCUUGCAGAUGGCCCUCGGCAAACUAUCAACGCUCUGACGUUAUACGCCUUCUAUCUAUCCAAGAAGGAUGAUGGCCCGUGGUGGGAGUUGUCGAAGUACUUCGACGGUAAUGAUUUCAUCACUAGUGCCCUUACCGUGUCCACGGCCUUCACUGUCCUCGUCUUCGCCGGCUCGGUUCUGUUUUUGAUUGUUGCGGGUAUCUGCUACAUCCCGUUGCUGUGUCAUAUUCAGGGUAACUUGAAGGAAUACUGUUGUCACAAGGUAGACAAGCGUAUUGCCGAGAUUAUCAAGCGCAAGAACAAGCAGCGUCUCGCCAAGGCCGCUGCUCUCGCGAAAAAGGAAGCAGCUGGUGAUUUCUCCCACCUGAAGAAUAAGAAGGGUGAACUUAUCGCACAACCCCUCCCUCAACCGACUCUUCCUAACGUCAAGCUUGAUGAUGACGACGACUCUAUGUCUAUUCGUACUCGCACGGCUGCUCCGAGUGUCUACACCGGCCGUUCUGACUAUUACUACGGCGACCGGAAUAAGGAGAAUGGCAUGGGGUAUCCCCAGUCUGACUAUCCUCCUAUGCCUGCUUACGACCAACCCUACGCCCACCACGGCGAUCCGUACGCUCAGUAUAACCCAUCCGUCGGUACGUUGCCAGAGGAACACCAGUACGAUGACAACGACUACGGUAGCACGGCCAACCUAGCGUUGUCUGCCGCCCCGAUUGCCUCUGCGGAACGCGGCAACAUGGUGUCACCACGACCUCAGUACGGCUACACCCAGCAAUCACACCAGGAUCUCUACACAUACAGCGCCAACCCGCACGGCACCUACCGAGGCGCGUCUCCUGGACCGCAUGCCGCUUACCGUGCCACGUCGCCGAGCCCAAAUGUUGCCUACCGUGGUACAUCACCAGGUCCGAACGUCGCGUACGGACAAGCGUACACGUCCGAGCCCGCGUACGACAACGGGCAGCAGCAGUACGGCCGACAGCAGGUGGCGGGCAGUCAGUAUCAGCAAUACGCGCAGAGCGGGUACGGGUACUCUGCGCAACACGAGCAUGGCGGGGUUGAAUACAGCGCAGGGCAGGCUCAUGCGGUGUAGUAUUCCUCGCGCAGCUUUUUCCUUCUAUCACAUGAGCGUGUCCGUUGGCAUCGCAUGUUUUCCCAUUCGGCAUUAUUCUUCAAUACUUCUCUCACUCCUGACCUCACAUAGCAUACUGCGUCUGUAUAAAUAUUGGACAUAUCCUCAUUUCUUCUGGACGCUGCUGGGAUGUGACAAGGGACACUGCUCGAUGUAAUAGGUCCCGCCAUAGACUUCACGCUCUACCAACACCAAAUUAGAGGUGGCGAGGCGCUUGUUUAGCUGCGUUGCAAUGGAUGAUUAUAGUCGUGGAGAGUUCAAAGCUU